AUGAGCACCAUGCGGCUGCUGCUGCUCGCCCUCCUCUUCUCGUCGUCCUUCGCCCGCGCCGGGUGCGACCCUAAAAUCGUCAAUAUCGGCGCGGUGCUGAGCACCAAGAAGCACGAGCAGAUCUUCCGCGAGGCGGUGAACCAGGCCAACAAGCGGCACGGCACCUGGAAGCUCCAGCUCAACGCCACCUCCGUCACCCACAAGCCCAACGCCAUCCAGAUGGCCCUGUCCGUCUGCGAGGACCUCAUCUCCAGCCAGGUCUAUGCAAUAUUAGUUAGUCACCCUCCUGCUCCCAACGAUCACCUCACACCAACACCUGUAUCAUACACAGCUGGCUUCUACAGGAUCCCUGUCAUUGGUCUGACAACACGCAUGUCUAUAUAUUCUGAUAAGAGCAUCCACCUGUCCUUUUUGCGCACGGUCCCACCUUACUCUCACCAGGCCAAUGUCUGGUUUGAGAUGAUGAGAGUCUUCAACUGGAACCACGUCAUUCUGAUAGUCAGCGACGACCACGAGGGUCGUGCUGCACAAAAGAAGCUGGAAACCCUCCUGGAGGAGAAAGAGUCCAAGGCUGAGAAAGUGCUUCAGUUUGAUCCUGGGACCAAAAAUGUGACAUCGCUGCUGCUGGAGGCGAAGGAGCUGGAGGCCAGGGUCAUCAUCCUCUCUGCCAGCGAGGAUGACGCGGCCACGGUGUACAGAUCGGCGGCCAUGCUCAACAUGACGGGCUCGGGCUACGUGUGGCUGGUGGGGGAGCGGGAGAUCUCGGGCAAUGCCCUGCGCUACGCCCCGGACGGAGUGAUCGGGUUGCAGCUCAUCAAUGGCAAGAACGAGUCAGCCCACAUCAGUGACGCUGUGGCCGUGGUGGCCCAGGCCGUGCACGACUUGUUUGAGAAGGAGAACAUCACAGACCCACCACGAGGCUGCGUGGGCAACACCAACAUCUGGAAGACGGGACCCCUUUUUAAGAGGGUAUUGAUGUCCUCCAAGUACUCAGAGGGUGUCACCGGCCGGGUAGAGUUCAACGAGGACGGGGACAGGAAGUUUGCCAACUACAGCAUCAUGAACCUGCAGAAUCGGAAACUGGUCCAGGUUGGGAUUUACAAUGGCAGCAAUGUCCUGACCAAUGACAGGAAGAUCAUCUGGCCGGGGGGGGAAACCGAGAAACCUCAAGGCUAUCAGAUGUCAACCAAGUUGAAGAUUGUGACCAUCCACCAAGAGCCCUUUGUGUAUGUGAAGCCUACUCAGGCAGAUGGGACCUGCAGGGAGGAAUUCACCAUCAAUGGAGAUCCUGUCAAAAAGGUCUUCUGCACUGGACCCAAUGAGACCAUCCCAGGCCGUCCCACCGUGGCACUGUGCUGCUACGGCUUCUGCAUCGACCUGCUCAUCCGCCUGGCAGGGGUGAUGAACUUCACCUAUGAGGUUCACCUGGUGGCUGAUGGUAAAUUUGGUACCCAAGAGCGGGUGAACAACAGCAACAAGAAGGAGUGGAAUGGGAUGAUGGGGGAGCUGCUGAGUGGCCAGGCAGACAUGAUUGUGGCUCCCCUCACAAUCAACAACGAGCGGGCUCAGUACAUCGAGUUCUCCAAGCCUUUCAAGUACCAGGGCCUCACCAUCCUCGUGAAGAAGGAAAUCCCCCGCAGUACCCUGGAUUCGUUCAUGCAGCCCUUCCAGAGCACGCUCUGGCUGCUGGUGGGGCUGUCUGUACAUGUGGUGGCAGUGAUGCUGUACCUCUUAGACCGAUUCAGCCCAUUUGGCCGAUUCAAAGUAAACAGUGAGGAGGAGGAAGAAGAUGCUCUGACUCUCUCCUCAGCCAUGUGGUUCUCCUGGGGAGUCCUGCUGAACUCUGGCAUUGGAGAAGGUGCUCCCCGGAGUUUCUCUGCCCGUAUCCUUGGCAUGGUGUGGGCUGGCUUUGCUAUGAUCAUUGUGGCUUCAUACACUGCCAACCUGGCAGCCUUCCUGGUGUUAGACCGACCUGAGGAGAGGAUCACAGGCAUUAAUGACCCCCGGUUGCGCAACCCCUCGGAUAAGUUCAUCUAUGCCACGGUGAAGCAGAGCUCUGUGGACAUCUACUUCCGACGGCAGGUGGAGCUGAGCACCAUGUACAGGCACAUGGAGAAACACAACUACGAGAGCGCUGCCGAAGCCAUCCAGGCAGUGAGGGACAACAAGCUCCACGCCUUCAUCUGGGACUCGGCAGUGCUGGAGUUUGAGGCCUCCCAGAAAUGUGACCUGGUGACCACGGGGGAGCUCUUCUUCCGCUCUGGCUUUGGGAUUGGGAUGCGCAAGGACAGCCCCUGGAAGCAGAACGUCUCCCUCGCCAUCCUCAAGUCCCACGAGAAUGGCUUCAUGGAGGAUUUGGACAAGACUUGGGUGAGGUAUCAAGAGUGUGAUUCCCGUAGCAAUGCCCCAGCAACACUCACCUUUGAAAAUAUGGCAGGUGUGUUUAUGCUGGUGGCUGGAGGUAUUGUUGCCGGGAUAUUUUUAAUAUUCAUAGAGAUAGCUUACAAAAGACAUAAGGACGCGCGGAGGAAGCAGAUGCAGCUGGCGUUUGCGGCCGUUAAUGUGUGGAGGAAAAACCUGCAGGAUAGAAAAAGUGGUAGAGCAGAACCUGACCCUAAAAAGAAAGCCACUUUUAGGUCCAUCACCUCCACCCUGGCCUCCAGCUUCAAGAGACGUAGGUCCUCCAAGGAUACGCCCUGCAGAAUGGUCCCUCAGGAGUGCCAGAGAGACAGGCUGGCACCAUGGAGCCAAGACAGCCCUGGGAAGCUUCCACCCCACUCUGAACGUCCUAGCGCCCACCAUCACCCGAGCUGCACAGCCUCUCCGCGGCACAUCAUCCCCACCGCCCCAGGAGGAGAUGCAUGUGUUCCCCAUAGGCAGCUCCUGCAACUCGAGUAG